UGAUAUCAUUUUUAAUUUAGAUACUCAACCCAUGCAGUACAGUGGUUAUAAAUUAUUGAGUGCAUUUCAGGAAGGAAUAAAAACAAUAACACACAAACAUAUGUGUAGAUAUCAUGGAAAAACUUAUGAAAUUGGUGAAAGUAUCGAAUCAGAUAAUCUUUGUGAGAGAUGCCGAUGUUCUUCUUUAACAUCCGAAGAAGCAACUAUACAAUGUAUUAGUAUCGAAUGUCCCUCUGAUCUUGGUGUUCCUGUAAAAGAAGGUUGUUACUAUGGUUACAAUUUUUCUCGUUGUUGUCCACAGGAAAUAUGUCCUACAGAAGAGGAAAGUGACAACUUAUUUCAGUGUGAAUGUGAUGGCAAAAAAUAUAAAUUAGGGGAACGAAUAGAUCAGAAAGAAAAUCCAUGCUUGGAAUGUUUGUGCACUGAGAACUGGAAUGGUGUCAGUGAAGCCAGUUGCAAACCUAUUCAGUGUAACACGAAUGAACCUUAUGUAGAAAAAGGGUGUAUUCCUGUUUAUUAUGAGACUGGCUGCUGUCCUAUGAAAUUUUAUUGCCCAACAUCAGCUAAACAACAAACUGGUCAAAAAAGUCUGUUAGAAGAUAAUCAAUGCUCUUUUGAUGGUAAAACUUACAACAUAGGAGAAAAAUUUAUUUUAAAACCUGCUGAUAAAUGUGUGACAUGUGAAUGUUCCACGCCACCAGAUAUAAUGUGUAUACACAAAGCUUGUCCUUCUCCACCAUCUUAUGAGUUUUGUUAUUUCGUUCAAGAUCCAGAUAAAUGUUGUUUGGAAUAUAAUUGUACAAAAGAAGCUGAAUCCCUUCUAUCUUCAGUUUCUGAUUUCACAGUUCAUCACAGUGGUGAUUGGAUACUAUUAAGACUGAGAGAAUCUCCUCAACAUAGUGUUUCAGCUGAAAAAAGGGAAAAGAAGUGCGAUACUCCUCAGUGUCCAGAUGGCUGUGUAAUUGAAGAAAGUAAAUCAGAAGAUGUGUGUCCAGGAUGUCGUUGCCACAUAUUUACUAGCCCUCCUAAAUUUGAGGCGAAUUGUCCAUUAAUAAAUUGUGUUGGGCCAUAUUGUACGGCAUACAAGGAUAAAAAUGGCUGCGCUCGUUGCAUGUGUGCUCCUCUUUGUCCACCCAUUUCUUGCAAUCCCAACUGUGAAAUUGCACGUGAUGAAGCUACCAAUUGUCCUAUUUGUAAAUGUGCAGAUAUGGCUACAUAUCAAUUAUUUUGUUCUCCUCCUAAAUGUGAAGCAGGAUGUCAUUUACAACCAGCCUUACCUGGAGAAUGUCCUGGAUGUGCCUGUCCUGGCAGUGACCCAGUAGAAAUUCAGUGUUCUCAACCAAAAUGUGAGCCGGGAUGCUCCGUACAGAAAGUAUUGCCCGGUCAGUGUCCUGGUUGUGUAUGUUUUGGUAUAACAAAUCCAAGUUUCAAGCACUGUUCACCUCCAAAAUGUGAUCCCCCAUGUCAUAUCCAAACACAUGUUGAUCCCGGUGAAUGUCCUGGAUGUGUUUGUCCUGAUAUAACAGAUCCCAAUUUCAAGCAUUGUUCACCUCCAAAGUGUGAUGCGCCUUGUUACAUUCAAACUGAUGUUGCUCCCGGUGAAUGCCCUGGAUGCGUUUGUCCUGAUAUAACAGAUCCCAAUUUCAAGCAUUGUUCGCCUCCAAAGUGUGAUGCGCCUUGUUACGUUCAAACUGAUGUUGCGCCCGGUGAAUGCCCUGGAUGCAUUUGUUCUGAUAUAACAGAUCCUAAUUUCAAGCAUUGUUCACCUCCAAGAUGCAAUCCACCUUGUUAUAUUGAACCUUUUUUUAUUCCUGGUGAAUGUCCUAAAUGCGCUUGUCCUGAUAUAACAGGUCUUGAUAUCAUACUUUGCUCACCUCCAAAAUGUGAUGCACCCUGUCACAUUCAAACUAAUAAUGUUCCUGGUUCUUGUCCUGAAUGUGUUUGUCCCGAUAUAACAGAUCAAAGUUUCAAGCACUGUGCAACUCGAAAAUGCAAUCCUCUGUGUCAUGUCCAAACUGAUGUUGCUCCCGGUGAAUGCCCCAGAUGUGUUUGUCCUGAUAUAACAGAUCCUAAUUUCAAGCAUUGUUCACCACCAAGAUGUGAUGCACCUUGUCAUGUCCAAACUGAUGUUGCUCCUGGUGAAUGUCCAGGAUGUGUUUGUCCUGUAGGUGGUUUGAUGACAGAUCCUAAUUUCAAACAUUGUUCAUCUCCAAACUGCAAUUCUCCAUGUCAUAUUCAAAAUGAUGUUGCUCCCGGAUUGUGUCCAGGAUGUGUUUGUCCUGGUAUGUGCAAAUAUGAUUCUUUUAUAGGUAUAACAAAUCCAAGUUUCAAGCACUGUUCACCUCCAAAAUGUGAUCCCCCAUGUCAUAUCCAAACACAUGUUGAUCCCGGUGAAUGUCCUGGAUGUGUUUGUCCUGAUAUAACAGAUCCCAAUUUCAAGCAUUGUUCACCUCCAAAGUGUGAUGCGCCUUGUUACGUUCAAACUGAUGUUGCUCCUGGUGAAUGCCCUGGAUGCGUUUGUCCUGAUAUAACAGAUCCCAAUUUCAAGCAUUGUUCACCUCCAAAGUGUGAUGCGCCUUGUUACGUUCAAACUGAUGUUGCUCCUGGUGAAUGCCCUGGAUGCGUUUGUCCUGAUAUAACAGAUCCCAAUUUCAAGCAUUGUUCACCUCCAAAGUGUGAUGCGCCUUGUUACGUUCAAACUGAUGUUGCUCCUGGUGAAUGCCCUGGAUGCGUUUGUCCUGAUAUAACAGAUCCCAAUUUCAAGCAUUGUUCACCUCCAAAGUGUGAUGCGCCUUGUUACAUUCAAACUGAUGUUGCUCCCGGUGAAUGCCCUGGAUGCGUUUGUCCUGAUAUAACAGAUCCCAAUUUCAAGCAUUGUUCACCUCCAAAGUGUGAUGCGCCUUGUUACGUUCAAACUGAUGUUGCUCCUGGUGAAUGCCCUGGAUGCGUUUGUCCUGAUAUAACAGAUCCCAAUUUCAAGCAUUGUUCACCUCCAAAGUGUGAUGCGCCUUGUUACGUUCAAACUGAUGUUGCUCCUGGUGAAUGCCCUGGAUGCGUUUGUCCUGAUAUAACAGAUCCCAAUUUCAAGCAUUGUUCACCUCCAAAGUGUGAUGCGCCUUGUUACGUUCAAACUGAUGUUGCUCCUGGUGAAUGCCCUGGAUGCGUUUGUCCUGAUAUAACAGAUCCCAAUUUCAAGCAUUGUUCACCUCCAAAGUGUGAUGCGCCUUGUUACGUUCAAACUGAUGUUGCUCCUGGUGAAUGCCCUGGAUGCGUUUGUCCUGAUAUAACAGAUCCCAAUUUCAAGCAUUGUUCACCUCCAAAGUGUGAUGCGCCUUGUUACGUUCAAACUGAUGUUGCUCCUGGUGAAUGCCCUGGAUGCGUUUGUCCUGAUAUAACAGAUCCCAAUUUCAAGCAUUGUUCACCUCCAAAGUGUGAUGCGCCUUGUUACGUUCAAACUGAUGUUGCUCCUGGUGAAUGCCCUGGAUGCGUUUGUCCUGAUAUAACAGAUCCCAAUUUCAAGCAUUGUUCACCUCCAAAGUGUGAUGCGCCUUGUUACGUUCAAACUGAUGUUGCUCCUGGUGAAUGCCCUGGAUGCGUUUGUCCUGAUAUAACAGAUCCCAAUUUCAAGCAUUGUUCACCUCCAAAGUGUGAUGCGCCUUGUUACGUUCAAACUGAUGUUGCUCCUGGUGAAUGCCCUGGAUGCGUUUGUCCUGAUAUAACAGAUCCCAAUUUCAAGCAUUGUUCACCUCCAAAGUGUGAUGCGCCUUGUUACGUUCAAACUGAUGUUGCUCCUGGUGAAUGCCCUGGAUGCGUUUGUCCUGAUAUAACAGAUCCCAAUUUCAAGCAUUGUUCACCUCCAAAGUGUGAUGCGCCUUGUUACGUUCAAACUGAUGUUGCUCCUGGUGAAUGCCCUGGAUGCGUUUGUCCUGAUAUAACAGAUCCCAAUUUCAAGCAUUGUUCACCUCCAAAGUGUGAUGCGCCUUGUUACGUUCAAACUGAUGUUGCUCCUGGUGAAUGCCCUGGAUGCGUUUGUCCUGAUAUAACAGAUCCCAAUUUCAAGCAUUGUUCACCUCCAAAGUGUGAUGCGCCUUGUUACGUUCAAACUGAUGUUGCUCCUGGUGAAUGCCCUGGAUGCGUUUGUCCUGAUAUAACAGAUCCCAAUUUCAAGCAUUGUUCACCUCCAAAGUGUGAUGCGCCUUGUUACGUUCAAACUGAUGUUGCUCCUGGUGAAUGCCCUGGAUGCGUUUGUCCUGAUAUAACAGAUCCCAAUUUCAAGCAUUGUUCACCUCCAAAGUGUGAUGCGCCUUGUUACGUUCAAACUGAUGUUGCUCCUGGUGAAUGCCCUGGAUGCGUUUGUCCUGAUAUAACAGAUCCCAAUUUCAAGCAUUGUUCACCUCCAAAGUGUGAUGCGCCUUGUUACGUUCAAACUGAUGUUGCUCCUGGUGAAUGCCCUGGAUGCGUUUGUCCUGAUAUAACAGAUCCCAAUUUCAAGCAUUGUUCACCUCCAAAGUGUGAUGCGCCUUGUUACGUUCAAACUGAUGUUGCUCCUGGUGAAUGCCCUGGAUGCGUUUGUCCUGAUAUAACAGAUCCCAAUUUCAAGCAUUGUUCACCUCCAAAGUGUGAUGCGCCUUGUUACGUUCAAACUGAUGUUGCUCCUGGUGAAUGCCCUGGAUGCGUUUGUCCUGAUAUAACAGAUCCCAAUUUCAAGCAUUGUUCACCUCCAAAGUGUGAUGCGCCUUGUUACGUUCAAACUGAUGUUGCUCCUGGUGAAUGCCCUGGAUGCGUUUGUCCUGAUAUAACAGAUCCCAAUUUCAAGCAUUGUUCACCUCCAAAGUGUGAUGCGCCUUGUUACGUUCAAACUGAUGUUGCUCCUGGUGAAUGCCCUGGAUGCGUUUGUCCUGAUAUAACAGAUCCCAAUUUCAAGCAUUGUUCACCUCCAAAGUGUGAUGCGCCUUGUUACGUUCAAACUGAUGUUGCUCCUGGUGAAUGCCCUGGAUGCGUUUGUCCUGAUAUAACAGAUCCCAAUUUCAAGCAUUGUUCACCUCCAAAGUGUGAUGCGCCUUGUUACGUUCAAACUGAUGUUGCUCCUGGUGAAUGCCCUGGAUGCGUUUGUCCUGAUAUAACAGAUCCCAAUUUCAAGCAUUGUUCACCUCCAAAGUGUGAUGCGCCUUGUUACGUUCAAACUGAUGUUGCUCCUGGUGAAUGCCCUGGAUGCGUUUGUCCUGAUAUAACAGAUCCCAAUUUCAAGCAUUGUUCACCUCCAAAGUGUGAUGCGCCUUGUUACGUUCAAACUGAUGUUGCUCCUGGUGAAUGCCCUGGAUGCGUUUGUCCUGAUAUAACAGAUCCCAAUUUCAAGCAUUGUUCACCUCCAAAGUGUGAUGCGCCUUGUUACGUUCAAACUGAUGUUGCUCCUGGUGAAUGCCCUGGAUGCGUUUGUCCUGAUAUAACAGAUCCCAAUUUCAAGCAUUGUUCACCUCCAAAGUGUGAUGCGCCUUGUUACGUUCAAACUGAUGUUGCUCCUGGUGAAUGCCCUGGAUGCGUUUGUCCUGAUAUAACAGAUCCCAAUUUCAAGCAUUGUUCACCUCCAAAGUGUGAUGCGCCUUGUUACGUUCAAACUGAUGUUGCUCCUGGUGAAUGCCCUGGAUGCGUUUGUCCUGAUAUAACAGAUCCCAAUUUCAAGCAUUGUUCACCUCCAAAGUGUGAUGCGCCUUGUUACGUUCAAACUGAUGUUGCUCCUGGUGAAUGCCCUGGAUGCGUUUGUCCUGAUAUAACAGAUCCCAAUUUCAAGCAUUGUUCACCUCCAAAGUGUGAUGCGCCUUGUUACGUUCAAACUGAUGUUGCUCCUGGUGAAUGCCCUGGAUGCGUUUGUCCUGAUAUAACAGAUCCCAAUUUCAAGCAUUGUUCACCUCCAAAGUGUGAUGCGCCUUGUUACGUUCAAACUGAUGUUGCUCCUGGUGAAUGCCCUGGAUGCGUUUGUCCUGAUAUAACAGAUCCCAAUUUCAAGCAUUGUUCACCUCCAAAGUGUGAUGCGCCUUGUUACGUUCAAACUGAUGUUGCUCCUGGUGAAUGCCCUGGAUGCGUUUGUCCUGAUAUAACAGAUCCCAAUUUCAAGCAUUGUUCACCUCCAAAGUGUGAUGCGCCUUGUUACGUUCAAACUGAUGUUGCUCCUGGUGAAUGCCCUGGAUGCGUUUGUCCUGAUAUAACAGAUCCCAAUUUCAAGCAUUGUUCACCUCCAAAGUGUGAUGCGCCUUGUUACGUUCAAACUGAUGUUGCUCCUGGUGAAUGCCCUGGAUGCGUUUGUCCUGAUAUAACAGAUCCCAAUUUCAAGCAUUGUUCACCUCCAAAGUGUGAUGCGCCUUGUUACGUUCAAACUGAUGUUGCUCCUGGUGAAUGCCCUGGAUGCGUUUGUCCUGAUAUAACAGAUCCCAAUUUCAAGCAUUGUUCACCUCCAAAGUGUGAUGCGCCUUGUUACGUUCAAACUGAUGUUGCUCCUGGUGAAUGCCCUGGAUGCGUUUGUCCUGAUAUAACAGAUCCCAAUUUCAAGCAUUGUUCACCUCCAAAGUGUGAUGCGCCUUGUUACGUUCAAACUGAUGUUGCUCCUGGUGAAUGCCCUGGAUGCGUUUGUCCUGAUAUAACAGAUCCCAAUUUCAAGCAUUGUUCACCUCCAAAGUGUGAUGCGCCUUGUUACGUUCAAACUGAUGUUGCUCCUGGUAUAACAGAUCCAGAUUUCCUGCAUUGUUCACCUCCAAAAUGUGAUGCACCUUGUAGCAUGCAAACUAUGAUUGCACCUGGUCAGUGUCCCGGAUGCGUAUGUCCUGAAAUAUCAAUAACAGAUCCUAAUUUUAAGCAUUGUUCGCCUCCAAGAUGCGAUCCGCCUUGUUACGUUCAAACUAAUGUUGCUCUUGGCGAAUGCCCCGGAUGCACUUGUCCUAGUAAUUCAAUAACAGAUCCUCAUUUUAAGCAUUGUUUAACUCCAAAAUGUGACCCCUGGUGUUACAUUCAAAUUAACGUUACUUCUGGUUCAUGUCCUGGAUGCAUCUGUCCUGAUAUAACAGAUCCCAAUUUCAAGCAUUGUUCACCUCCAAAGUGUGAUGCACCUUGUCAUGUUCAAACUGAUGUUGCUCCUGGUGAAUGCCCUGGAUGUGUUUGUCCUGAUGAUUUGAUAACACAUCCUAAUUUCACACAUUGUUCACCUCCAAAUUGUGAUCCAUCUUGUCACAUUAAAACGAAUGUUGCUCCUGGUGAAUGCCCUGUUUGUAUUUGUCCAGAUAUAACACACCCUUUUUUCAAGCAUUGCUUGCCUCCAAAAUGUGAUUUGCCUUGUUACAUUGAAACUAAUAUUUCUCCCGGAUCAUGUCCCGGAUGCGUUUGCCCCGGUGAUUUAAUAACAGAUCCUAAUUUCAAGCACUGUUUGCCUCCAAAAUGCGAUGCACCUUGUUACAUUGAAACUAAUAUUGCUCCCGGAUCGUGUCCCGGAUGUGUUUGUCCUGGGGGUUCAAUAACAGAUCCUCAUUUUAAGCAUUGUUCACCUCCAAAAUGUGAUCCUCCAUGUCAAAUUAAAACUAAUAUUGCUCCUGGUGAAUGCCCUCACUGUGUUUGUCCUGAAAUAACAGAUCCAAGUUUCAAGCACUGUUCGACUCCAAAAUGUGAUCCACCUUGUCACAUUCAAACAGAUGUUGUUCUGGGAUCAUGUCCCACAUGUGUUUGUCCUGAUAUAACAGAUCCAAGUUUCAAGCACUGUUCGACUCCAAAAUGUGAUCCACCUUGUCACAUUCAAACAGAUGUUGUUCUGGGAUCAUGUCCCACAUGUGUUUGUCCUGAUAUAACAGAUCCCAAUUUCAAGCAUUGUUCACCACCAAAGUGUGAUGCACCUUGUUAUGUUCAAACUGAUGUCGUUCCUGGUGAAUGCCCUGGAUGUGUUUGUCCUGAUGACAGAUCAAACGAUCGUAUCCCCAAAGUAUUAUGCUCGAUGCCAUUGUGUAUUGCACCGUGUCACAUUCAACAAUAUAUAAAUCCCGGUGAAUGUCCCAGUUGCAUUUGUCCAGAUGUUGCCAAGUUCUCAUUACAUUGUUCUAUGCCAAAGUGUGAUUCUCCUUGCCAAAUUGAAAGAAAUGUUCUUCCUGGCCAGUGUCCUAGAUGCAAUUGUCCUGAAAGCAAAGACCUUCCCGAGAUAUGGUGUUCCCCUCCGAAAUGUCCCUCGAACUGUUAUCUUCGGCAUCUCCCCAACGAACCCUGUCCCGGAUGCGUCUGUCUUCCAGAAGACAUUCAUAAACGUCACUGUUCCAUGCCGAAAUGCGAAGAUCCCUGCAGACUCAACAUGAAUGUACCCAUUGGCGCAUGUCCGUCCUGCAUCUGUCCAGGUGACAGUGUUCAUAAAUACUGUUCUCCUCCAAAAUGCGAAGAGCCCUGUAGAAUACAGAGAAACGUGAUUCCCGGAGAAUGUCCCGGAUGCAUUUGUCCAAAUGUAACAACAGAACACCAGAAAUACAAAAAAUACUGCUCACCUCCUUUAUGUCCUGAUCAGUGCACUGUGCAGAAGGAUCUGCCUCCUGGAGAAUGCCCCGGAUGUGACUGCCCGGAUGAACAGUUACACUGUUCGCCUCCCAGAUGCGAUUCACCCUGCCGCACCCAUAUUGUUACACCUGGAGGAUGCCCUACCUGUUUGUGUCCUGAUAAUUUACAGAAGCACUGUUCCAUGCCCAACUGUCAACCUCCCUGUGAAGUGCAAAGAACGGUGGCAUACGGCGAAUGUCCGGGAUGUGUCUGUCCUGUCGGCUAA